AUGGAGAUUACAGUCGAUGGAGCCUUACUCGAAAAGAUACAUUUACUUGCUCUUGACUUUCGCCGAGCAGUGUUUGGGGGACGCAGUCUCGCUAUCGUGCAAAAUCUUAUCACACUGUCUAGGCUGUACCAGAACUCCGAACACCAUGGAAGAGCUUUGACCCAUCUUAAUGAGGCAUGGACUCUAGCAAUCAAGCUAAUGGGCAGAGAUGCGCCCAUCUGCCGGGACCUGGCCUUGGAAUACAGUGAAAUUUACACGAAUAGGCCUGGAAUAGAGUUUGAUGUGCAACUCUCCGAGGAAUUACUUGAAUUCCUCUGGGAGACUGAUCAGGCAAUGUUUGGUCCAAUGAGCGAGUAA